CGUUGACUUUACCAAGCACUGACGUGUUUUUGUGUACGCCUGCUUCAAAUAUUUGUUUUUCUAUUAUUAAAGUGUAAUAAACAGUUCAGACGACACUACGAAGUGGAAUUUAAUAUUAAUUUUCAAUAACUAAAAGUAUUCACAAUGUUAAAGGCCGUAAUUCUAAUUGGAGGACCGCAAAAAGGCACCCGCUUCCGUCCCCUCUCUCUGGACACACCGAAGCCCCUGUUCCCAAUAGCAGGCUUUCCCCUCAUCCAGCAUCAUAUAGAAGCAUGUGCAAAGUUAGAGGAAUGCAAGGAGAUCCUAAUCAUUGGGUCUUACACAACAAAUACUAUGGCACAAUUUGUCAAUGAUAUGCAAAAAGAAUACCAUGUUAUGAUCAGAUACCUUCAAGAGUUCACCCCACUUGGGACAGGUGGUGGUCUCUACCACUUCAGAGAUCAAGUCAGAGCGGGAAAUCCUUCAGCAUUUUUCCUGCUCAACGGAGAUGUUUGUGCUGACUUCCCCCUUAAGGAAUUGUGGCAUUUCCAUUCGGAAAAAUCGAAUGCUUUGGUCACAAUAAUGGGUACAGAGGCCACUCGUCAGCAAUCAGUCCACUACGGCUGCAUGGUACGAGAAAGCUCCACGAAAUCUGUGACCCAUUACGUAGAGAAACCAAACAGUUAUGUCUCAACUCUGAUCAACUGCGGAGUGUAUGUGUGUUCACUACAAGUCUUCCAUACCAUGGCUGAUUCCUUCCAGAAGAAACAGGAUGGAUUUUACAGUGGCAAUGGACAGACAAGUCCUCAUCCUGGAUACAUGUCUUUUGAGCAAGAUGUGUUGAUGCAACUUGCGGGGACCAACAAAUUAUACGCUAUGCAGGUAACAAAUUGGUGGUCUCAAGUAAAAACGGCUGGUUCAGCGAUAUACGCCAACCGACAUUAUUUGGAGCUCCAUCGCGACCGCGUGUCCAAGGACAAACCCUGCACCGUUUUGCCUGAUGUGUUCAUACAUCCCACCGCUGUUGUCGACUCUACUGCUGUUAUUGGUCCGAACGUGUCGAUCGGCGCAGGAGUGACGAUCAAGGCAGGAGUGCGGAUAAAGGAGUCAAUUGUACUAAACAACGCGACGGUACACGAACAUGCGCUUGUAAUGUACUCAGUUGUUGGCCAAGAAGCGUCAGUAGGCGAAUGGUCCAGAGUAGAAGGUACACCUUCAGAUCCGGACCCGAACAAACCUUUCGCGAAGAUGGACAACACGCCUCUUUUCAACACCGAUGGGAGGUUAAACCCAUCUAUUACAAUAUUGGGUGCAGGAGUAGUGGUGCCAGCGGAAACAAUCCUACUCAACUCAAUAGUGUUGCCACAUAAACAUCUAACAAGGAGUUUUAAACACGAAAUUAUUUUAUAGUCUAGCAACAUUGAUUUACAUGAAGAGACCACAGAUACAAAAUAAUUGUAAUGACUAGAAAAUGUUUGAUACUAUUGACAUACAAAAAGCUUUAGUUAUGCAGUGUCUAAAAAA